AUGGUGGAGAAACUGACAUCACUUGGAGCAAAACUGAACGAAUGCUCCCGUGAUCGACACGAAGCCAUGCUGGAGGUCGAAGCAAUACGGCAGAAGCUCGCCGCAGUGGAGGAGAAAAACUACCGAAUUUUGCAACAAAAGGACGCCGAAAUUCAACAUCUUCAAAAUUGCUUGCUUUCAAUGCCGCGAGUCGAAACCCCGAUCUCCUCUUCCUCCUCUAAUAACCUUGAAUUCCGCGAAUACUCUUUUGAGGAAAUAAAAGCAGCAACCUGCGAUUUCUCCGACAAUUUCAAACUCGGAGAAGGCGGCUAUGGCGAUGUGUACAGAGGCAAAAUAAAACAAACAGCUGUUGCAGUCAAAAUCCUCAGGGAGAACGGUUUGCAGGGUCGGCAGGAGUUCCAAAGCGAGAUCGAUAAUUUCAAAGAAAUCCGGCAUCCGCAUUUGAUAGGGAUUGUGGGAACCUGUUCCGAGCGAGGUUGUAUAAUAUACGAAUAUAUGUCCAACGGAAGCCUUGCGGAUCAUCUCAGCGGCAAAGAUGCCUUUCCACCGCUCCCUUGGAACGCCAGAUUUCGUAUUGCCGCCGAAGUAUGCUCAGCUUUACAAUAUCUGCACAGUUUAAGGCCGGAUCCAAUCGUCCACGGCAAUCUGAAACCCCAAAAUAUACUCCUUGACGAGAAUUAUAGAAGCAAAAUAAGCGACUUCGGUCUGUCUCGUCUUCUGCCAAAAGAUCUACACUCAGAAUCGGAGCCAAAAGGCACAUCUUUGUAUAUGGAUCCGGAAUACCUGACAAGCGGUGAAUACUCUACCAAGUCUGAUGUUUACAGCCUCGGAAUCGUCCUUUCUGAGCUUCUCGCCGGAAAACCGGCACUAGGACUCGUCAAAGAAGUGGAACGUGCCGUACAAAGUGCAAAUUUUGAGAAAAUUUUGGAUCCUUCAGCCGGUGAUUGGCCAUUUGCAGAAGCUACUCAAAUGGCUUAUCUUGCCUUAGAUUGCACGGAUGUGGAAAGAAAAAAGAGCCCCGACCUUCAGCCGACUGUGAUGAAAAUGUUGAAUCAGAUUCGUAACAUGUUUGCUGCGACAAAUCUUGGCAGACUUGUUGAAAGUGGGCAAAAGUGGGAGCCAGCGAGUGAAGAAAUACAUGUUCCCAGCUAUUUCCUCUGUCCAAUCUUCCAGGAGAUUAUGCAGGAUCCUUACAUUGCUGCGGACGGCUUUACAUACGAGAAGGAGGCGAUCCAAGGAUGGUUUGAUUGUGGACAUGAUACAUCUCCCAUGACAAAUGAAAAACUUGUGAGCAAGAAUCUGAUCGCGAACUUUUCUCUGAGGUCAGCCAUUCGACAGUGGCAGGAAAGAGGCGAUAUCUUGAAAAUUUAA